AUGGAGCACCUUGCAGCGGCACAUCCAGGACGAAUUGCAGGUCGGCUCAGUUUUCGAAGAUGUAGAUGCGGACCUGACGAGGGAGCAGUUCGCGUCGAUCGUUGCCCAGGAGACCUGGAUCGGCCGCGCACUCAGGUUGUGCGCGAGGCCAUCCCCUACCUCUACCCGGAGAAGCCGCAACCGGAUUGUCAAUUGCACCGCGGGUUGGAAGGGAUUGUGACGAUGCUUGGGGAUGACGGAGACAUCUGCGUCGAGUGGGUCGGCACGGCUGCCACAUGGGUGCUCCAGAGGCACAUCACGCGCCUGCUCGUGGCGGACCACCUGCAGAAGGGGGUCGAGGGCACAGUCAAGCGGAUGCACCCGAGCGGGGACGCUUUCAUCAGUUGGCACGGCGAGGGGGACAAGUGGAUCCUGAAGGACCAGUUCUCGCACAUCGCCGUGCGGGAGUCCCUGCUCGCGAGCCAG